GUAAGGACGACGAGUGAUAGCUGGCAGUUGUGAGCAGUGUUGCGUCCUGUCGAAAAUGAAGCUCUUCGUCGCGCUCUUGGCUGUCGGGCUGCCUGCCCUGGCCGCCGCCCACUCCUGGAUCGUCUGUACGGACUACCUGGAGAACAACGGCUGGUACUGGGAUGCGGCAAAGUGUCGGGCCUGGCCGAGAAAUGCAGAGCAGUACAACCUUCGUGACAGAGUGUUCGGGGAAGCAGGCGGGACAGCAGGCUUUGUCCACCGACUUGACAAUCAUCCCGAGCUUACUCCACUGUGUAACGAUCCAAGAGAUGACGCCAACAGUUACCAGUUACCCAUGGCGGCCUACUACCUGGGACAGAAGGUGGUUCUCACUCACCCAUUAAACAACCACGCCAGUGACCCAAACUGUGACAUCAGUAACAAGAGAGGCCGCGCGGACACCGAGAACCUGAUGUUUGUUGUGGACGGAGACGAGGACCCCUGCUGUAUCGACUCGGACAAACUCAUCCAAAUCAUGGACAUGGGGGUGUCGCCUUACAAUCAUGGUGAUGUACAGUUCAGCGAUGAAGUCCUCUCGACAUACCCGAAGGUCGGUUUCCAGAACGCGCCCAAGUUCUGUGAGGAUCCGGCAGACGCCAUGGGGACCUACAACUUCACUAUUCCUAUGGACAUGAAGCCAGGUCGUCACACCUUCGUCUGGAAGUGGAUUCGUGUCCCCUCAGUCAACCCCUUCACCACCUGCUGGGAGGCUGACGUGUUCGCUACGAAGGCCGAGAGGGACGCACACUACCUGGCCACGGGCCGGACCACGGAGGACAUGUGGGACUUCUAUGAAAUCAACACCAUCGUGGACGGGGUGAUCGUGGAUCCCGUGGAUCCUGUGGACCCGGUCAUCACUGGCUGAGUGAAAGCCAAAGUAUUGUCGAGAAAUAAAGGUUUCGUACAGCCGUAUCAAA